UCGUCGUGCUACUCCACAUCGACGAAUAAUUCCAACAAUUCUUUCUUUUCUCCGGUUCCGGAUAAUUGGUAUGGCUUGUAUUAGGAAUACUCUGGGAUUGUUAAGAACAAAUAAUUCUACAAUUGUCCGUACAAUUACAAUGUCCGCUCAACGUCGUGCCCAAGAAGCUGUGGAAAAGCUCAAAGAGAAGAAUCCCUAUUUUGAGAAAUAUGCCGAUAAAAUAGCAAAACUGCAACAAACCUCACCCGAUGAGUUCCUGCAGCGAGUGGACAAAGUUGUGAAUCCUAUUAAAGAGGGAAAAUCACAAAAUAGAACCUAUUCUGAAUUGUUGCAUCCAAAACCCAAAAAGGAGGCAGCAGCUGAAAUUCCCCAUAAGAAAUUGGAGGAUAUUAUGAAGAUUGAAUUGUUGGCUGACAAAUCAGCUGAUGACAUUAAACACAUAUGGUUCGAAUAUCACAAAACCAAAGAUGUUUUGGCCGCCACAUUGACUGUGGAACAAUAUGAAUCGUUAAUGAAACGUGCCAAGGAACAUCCCAUAUUUUUGUUGCCCCUGCCACGCAGUGAAGGUUUCGAAUUCAUUAUGCUACAAUUCGCCAGCAAUACAGUCCAUUUCACACCCUUAUUGGCUUAUCAAGUUCAUGCCGAAAAUGCUCCCGAAUGCCUGACUCUGGUCCAUUAUACCGAAAUGCGUGAUAAGGGCAUUAUUUUAAUGCGUGGUGAAUAUGAUAGCAACGUAUUGAACGGCCAGGAGGCCCAAUGUUUAGCCAAUGAAUUGCAAAUGUUCUAUUGCAAAGAUGAUCCGGCUAAACAACAACUUUUGGAAAAAUUUACCAAGAAACCAGAUGAAUUCAAGCAUAUGGAACUAAUAAAAGAAGUUGAAAAUAUUCAACUUGUUUAAAAUAAUAAAAA